GAAGCAAGUUAGGACUCCAGAGGGGAAAGCACUUUACACCAUAGGCAGAUAGCAAGAGAGAGGAGGACGAGAGGAGGAAGGCAGGAAUACAGAGAGGCGGGGGGGGGGGGGGAGGGAGAGAGAGAAGGAGGGAGGAAGGGAGGGAGGAACAGAAAGUUUAUGUACAUAAACCUUUUCUUUUUUUUUUUUUUAAUGUAUUGUUGCACCUGGUAGCUAGCUUUACUGACACAGAAUUGAGAGCUCUGUUCGGUGCUUAAAUAGCUGAGAAACAAUGGGAUAGUGCAGGGAAGUUAACAAUUAACAGUCUCAGCUUAAAUUUUGUGACUGCAGGGAACUGGAAACACAGCUGCCUCUCUUUUCAACAAAAUCAGGUCUCCUGGUUAAGGGAAGAAUUUUUAUUAACAUCUUAGUUUCUGAAAAAUAAGCAGCUCCGAGUUGAAUGACUAUCGUGCAGUUAUGGUUUUAACCAGCCUGCUCAUAUUUAACUAUCUCUGCUCAUUUUAAAGAGGGAAGCUGAGAGAAGGGUAAUAAGGCUUCAGAAAUGUUUUUUACUUUACUUUUUUAAAUGAGAGUACAGAGCAAAAAAGGGAGCUGAAGCUAUCCAGCUGAAAAGAAGCAGCAAGGAAGAUGGGUCUGCUAAGUGUGGAUUUGUUGAUCACGCUUCAGAUCUUGCCUGUCUUUUUCUCCAAUUGCCUCUUCCUUGCUCUCUAUGACUCUGUGAUCCUCCUGAAGCACAUGGUGCUAUUUCUGAGCCGGUCCAAAUCUGGGCGCGGUGAGUGGCGGAGGAUGCUGACCUCGGAGGGGCUGCGCUGCGUCUGGAACAGUUUCCUCCUGGAUGCCUACAAGCAGGUGAAGUUGGGAGGAGAAGCCCCAAACUCCAGUGUAAUCCACAUAGCCAAGGACAGUGAUGGCAGCAGUAGCAGCUGGAAGAGUGUUGGUAGCAAGUGUGGAGCCAAAUGCCACCUUCUGGAUUUUGCCAACUCUGAGAGGCCACUUGUGGUCAACUUUGGUUCAGCUACCUGACCACCAUUCACAAGCCAGCUGUCAGCCUUCAGCAAGCUGGUGGAGGAGUUCUCUGGUGUGGCUGACUUUCUGUUGGUCUACAUCGAUGAGGCUCAUCCAUCAGAUGGCUGGGCUGCCCCUGGCAUCUCUUCCUCUUCAUUUGAAGUUAAGAAGCACAGGAACCAGGAAGACCGAUGUGCAGCUGCUCAUCAGCUCCUAGAGCACUUUUCCUUGCCGCCGCAGUGCCAAGUGGUGGCUGACUGCAUGGACAAUAAUGCCAAUGUGGCCUAUGGGGUUUCAUUCGAGAGAGUAUGCAUUGUGCAGAGACAAAAAAUUGCCUACCUGGGAGGCAAAGGCCCCUUUUUCUACAAUCUGCAGGAGGUUCGGCUUUGGCUGGAACAAAACUUCAGCAAAAGAUGAAAUCCACUCUCUGCAGAAGUUGUGUCAACAGAUGUGUCCCUUUAAGAUGAUGUAAAAGGGAAGAAAACAUAUGCUGGUUUGAAUAAGGCCUUUCAGAAGAUUGCAGGAGAACACAUUUGAUAACAAGGUCAAAUGCAUGUUAACUAGCAAAAUAAAAUAAAACGAUAACCCAACUACACAGAAACAUUAUUGUAUGAAAAAAAAUCCCACUCCUGCGCCCGCUACAGGACAGAAGAGGUAAAGAGGCGUCUGCAAAAAGGUGCUGCUUGUGAGUGGAGAUAAAAGACCUGUCUUGCAGUAACCUGUCUUACGAAGCAUCGGCUCUAGGGUGAGCCAGAGGUGCUGCUGCUGGGAAGGCAAUCCAUUGAAAGGCAAUGCUGUGCAUUUCACCGGAAACUUUUCUUUACCCUCCUGCAAGUGACCUGGGAGGAGCCAGGGGGCUUGAAAUUACUUUGCACAGAAAUGCAGUGGAGUGUGUCUCUCUCGGUAGAGAUUUUAUUGUUCAGAGGCUGCAAGAACCACCAUACAGUGCAUCCUGCAGGCAGAUUGUCUGCUGAGAUCAAGAUGAAACAUUGUAUGCUGAUAUUUGUACUCUCUAUGGACACAUCUGCAUAUCAUAUUAAUUAUGUCAUUCUAUCUGUAUGUUUGUACUCAGUACACAAGCCUGUGCAUGUUGAGAAAGAUGUUAAAAUCUACGGAGUUGGACCAAAAAGACAAAGGUCAUCAAACAAGCCCAUUACAAUUUGAAAACUAAAAGCGCUGGACUAUUUGUUACAGAACUGUGAGAACCACCUAAAUCAUGCAUCACAAGACAAAGCUCAGCUAAUGCCAACCAACCCUCGGUUCUCAGAGCUGACAACACACAUUUAUUAAUAUUCUCUGGUUCUCUUUGUUUCUUUACUCACCUCAACCUCCUGUCUAGCAAUAGGCUUAAAUGUAAUUUCAUUUUUAUCUUUAAAAAAAAUAACUUAUUUCUCUCUUUUAUUUUUAUUUGAGGUAAUGACUUUACAGAUGUAUUUUAGGGAAGGGGGAAUUUAUGCACAACUUUACCUCAUUGAAAUGGAAACCUAUACUCUCUUUUAUCCUGUUAAUUGUAGUCACACUGAUUUUUGCUAUCUUAGUUACCUACAACUAGUUUAUAGCUAAAUUAGAUUGUUUGGAAGUUCAGUUGUUUGCAGCUUUAGAACUGAUUAGCUGCAGUUCUGCUAUUAGAUGGGUUUGUUUCACUCAUGUUCUCAAAAGCCUUCCCAGAGACACAGGGAGGACAAAUAGUGUGAAUUCAUGUGAAUAAGUGUAAAAGAUGGCAGAAUUUUGUACAAAUGGCUCUGAGGAAUUAUUAAUUAUGUUUAAAGAGAUACUGUCAACUGAAAGUAUGCAUUAAGUUUAGGUAUUUCUAAAAGUAAAACGAUUUACUCAAUCCUGGUGAAAAGGCAAGUUUGCAAUGUGCUAACCCAUUAGAGCUGAUAAAUGAAAACCUAUAAGGAGAUGGACUAUCCAAUUUUUCUCUCAAUUUGGGUGGAAACAUGAAACAGAUAAACAGGAUUAAGUAACAAAAAUCAAAUUAGUUCUUCUAAUUUCUUAUCCUGCCAGUUGUCAGGAAUGUGAUAUAUUAAUACUAGCAUAGGGAAGAACAGAAAAUACAUACAUAAACAUUUUCAUUCUCACAAUUUCCUUUUAAUAUUGUGUAUUUCUUCUUUUUUGGCUGUUGGUCAACUCAGCCAAUGUACAUUCGGAAAUGUGUUUUCAAGUGCAGAACUCAAAUGACAGUGAUUUCUCCCAUAUUCACAUUCAUGCUUCCCUUCCUGUUCAUGUUUUCCUCAACACACAGUUAAACAUACACACAUACUUCCACAGUUGGUAAUGUGUAUCAGAGAAAGGUGUAAAGAACAGUCUUCAGACUUUCUGGUGAGCCCCACUUCCCAGAAGGCACGUAUGCAUGGGUAUAUGUAUGUAUGCAUUUAUGUAUGCAUAAAUAUAUCUCAUAAAUUUUUAUGUAUGUGUAUGCAUACACAUGCACCACAGUGGUGUCCAAGACCAAUAAUAACAAUUAUUCUGUCCUCCCAUUCAUUAAUGUUGCUGUAACUUGUUCAAUAUGGAAGAUUAUUAUACAUCUGCAUGAGUAACUGGACUGUACAGCUGAAAUUUUUAAACCUAAUAUCAGAGAAACAGUAACAUAGUUAAACUACAUGCUUUAUUUAAUCCAGUGUCCUACCUCUGACUGUAUCAGAUGCUUCAGAGGAAGGUGCAGUAAUUCCUUCUGGAUUUUUCGUUAGCUUCAUCCCCUUUUCUUUUGUCCUGUCUAAUGUCAUUGUUGGUGUCUCACCAUCCCUAUGAGAGACUGAUCCUAAGUUUUGAGAUCUAAAUUGAGGUGGAGAAUGCCAAAAUAAAAACCCACUAUAUUUAAGAACAAAGAAAACCAAAUAAAAACAGAUUUUUUUUCAGAUUUAAAUUGACUGCUCUCCAAUGUCACUCUCAGCUCUUGCUCUUAUAUGCUAAACCAGUAUAAAUAGGAGUGAUCUCAAUUUUUCUCCUGUAGGCCAGCGAUUAUAUGCUCUAUAUGGAAAACUACAUAUUUUUUUUUGCUUCUUAAGCCAAACAAUAAUUCGCAUCCUUAUGCAGGUCUGUAUUCUUUGCCUGUCUCUGAAUCCCUUCUGGUUUUACUACACUGUCUUUUUACUCAGGUGAGUAAAGAUCUAGAUGCUACUCCAGGUGAAAAUAUGCUUUCAUACACCCAGCACAAUAUAUUUUUCUUAUUAUAUCCUAUUCACCUCAAACCUUACUAAUCUGUAGCAAUCCAUAGCAACUCCAUAGUUUUUGUAAAACUUAAACUAGUAAGUCUUUUUCAUCCUUUUUUUUCCCCAUCACACAGUUGAAGUUUGAACUGUUUGUCUGGAAAAUGCUAGCCAAAUGUUUAGCACAGCUGUUGAAACAUACCGUUAGCUCAGAGGAGUGAGCCGAGUUAGUAAUUCAGUUAGUUAAUAUCCCUUUGCAUAUCUAAAGUAUUUUUAAAGUCCAUUUUCUCUUUUUUGAAUUUCCAUUUUUUUGUGUGUUAUUCAUAGUUGUCUGUUCAUCACAUAGGAUAAAGGAAUUAUAAAAUUUGCUUCUGCAAAUGGGAAGUCCACAGUGAUUUUCCACAAGAAAAAAUACACAAGAACUUCAUUUCUUUCUUGGCAAAAUGAAUGCCUUACCCUGCCCAAAACGUAAAGAUAAUUCAUUCCAACUGAUUAUCAAGCAGAAAUAUAUUCUGCAAAUCCUUAAAUUUCUCCAGAAAAUUUAUGGUCAAAAGCAGGAAAAGUAUUUCAAAGAGAAAUGGGUUUUUAUAAAAUAUCUUUAGUAAGUGGCUAAUAGAAAUAAAAGCUCUUCAUUUUUGUUUUUUUUUUUUGUUAACAAAUCAGAAUAUUUUAUAGAAAAGGUUUUAAAUUAAACUUCAUGCACCGUCCUCAGUUAAUGAUAGAAAUAGCCAUAUGUCACAUACCCCAGGUAACAGUGGGUUGGUUUGAGUUCAGGCAGAAAUUUUGCUAUCUUGCUAGCAUUGUACUUAACUCUUGUCCUAGUCUGUUGUGAGGCUGAAUUUGCUUUUGUCUGUUAUUCUCACUUUUCAGGGCACUAAAAUCAUAUUACUCGAGGUGCUUCAGUAUGACAUGCAUAUUGAGCAAUAGCUCACAAAAUAGCUGCCCUGAAAGCAUUCUGGAAGGCCACUGUAAUAGAAACUCCAAUACUGUGUCUCAGCAUUAGUAUGGGAAACUUCCAGUACUUUUGCAUUUUGAGCAAGGUAAAAAGCUAUUGUGUGCUAUUAUCCUACACUGUUCCAUGCUUAGCAUCAUUAUUUAACACUGUAUAAAGUGAAUGUAAAACAUUUUGUACAGAUGAAAACGAUAACAUUUUGCUCUUGCUUGUGUAGACAAUGACAUAAAUUUAAGCCAGCAGGAAAACAUGCACUAUUAAAAAGAAAGAAAUAUGUUAUAAAAUAUAUUGUUGAACAACUGUCUGAACACUUUGAAAAGAAAAAAAAAAUAGCAAUCAUUUUUAUGAAGGUGAUCUUGGUGGGGGAGCCCAUAAAGCUUCUCAAAAAGCUAUCAGUGCUAUGUGUUCAGGUGUGUGUGGGGAAAGUGGCUUUUCUGUGAUGUGGAGUGUAGCUUUCUGUAUGUGUGAAAGUGGCUUUUUUUGUGGUAUGGAGUGUAGGUUUAAGAGUUUUAAAGACUUUCAUUCAGUGCUAUAACCAAAGCAAUAAGUGGUAUUGGGUAGGGAAUAUUGGCCAGUUUUGUUCAACUCUACACCAGUCUAUGCUGGAUCCAUAUUCAGUGACCUUUCUGCCCAGUUUGGAGGCUUUAGAGAAGAGAGACUGGGGUGAGACAAUGAAUGCUUGUGUGCUUAUGAAGAUCACUAACAAAAGAGUAAUUAACUCAGUUGGUGUUCAGAUGCCCUCACAUUGGCAUUCUUCUGUGCACCUUAGUGUUUCUGUAUUUGAAAGAGGAGUCUCUUUGGGGCUGCUAGUAAGAUCACUGGGAUGUAGGUGCCUGUGUGUACUGACUAUGUGUGUGUAUGUUGUUUAAAUGUCAAAAAUACACUUUGCAGGAGAGCCAGCAAAACUUUGUUACAAUAUGGUGCUCCAUGAAAUGUGCUUUCUAGAUUUGUUUUUAUUGUAUUACAAUAAAUUGUAAAGGAAAAUAUA